UCAGUUCUCGAAGCUGUUUGAUGAGCUGUGCCCUGCUGUGGAGGAUAUUUUGGCACAGGGCCACAUGGGGAUCGUCACGGAGUUGGUAGCUGGCUGUGUGAAGCACAGAGAGAGGCAGGGGGACAUCCUGACCAAACUCUACGGGGCCUUCCACUGUGACGAGCCAGCCUCGAGGCAGUUGGCAUGCGCCCCUCUCUUCAUCUCUGUGCUCACCUUCGAGGUCUUUUACGGUCUGGGUGAGGCGGAUCUCACAACGGAAUUCCAGCCCUCUGAGGACCAGCGACUGAAGUCCGUCAACUACCACGGCUCACUGGUGGCUCAGCACCUUCUCCGUUUCGAGCAGCCCGCCCCGGUGCUGCGCAGUCUCGCAGCGAUGCCUCCAGGGGACUGCGUCCGGCUGGCCUGUGACCAGGUGGGGAGUCACGUCCUCGAUGCCGUCUUCACCAGCAGCACCGUGACUGACAAGCAGAGGAAGAGGAUAGUCCGCAGAUUCACGGGUCAGUUUGCGCUUCUGGCCUGCGACAGGCACGGCAGCCGCGUCCUCGACCAGAUCUGGAGCACCGCGUCUGUCCAGACGAAGCGGAUCAUCGCCGAGGAGCUGGCCGCCAGGGAGGAUGAUCUGUCACGACACCCGGUGGGGCACCAUGUGGCACGGAACCUGGCCCUGGGCCACUUCCUGAAGCACAGGCGCACGUGGGAGGCGCAUCAGGAGGCCGGCAGCAAGCGGCAGAGGAUAUUUGCGGAGCUGCUGGAGGACUGACGCAGCUCAAUUAUACCACAGGGAGACUGGAAUGGGACACGGCGCUCCAGAUGAGACCUCAGCAACCUCCCUGUACAGCCUCAACGUGACGUCCCCAACCCCUACACUCAAAGGCCUGUGGGAUGAAAGCCAGAGCAUUGAACAUCUUCUGAAGAAGGGAAGAGGCCUAGAAAGUAGAUGACAAUUUGGAAGAUGGAGUAUGGUGUCGGGAAAAUGUAAUGUUGUUCAUGUUUGGAAGAAACUUUUCUUUUCUAAAAAUAACAGCGUUUCUACCUAA